CGCCAAACGACAGAGAAAGUCAACAGGGGGAGGGGCGAGCGCUGCUGCUCCGUCCGCCGGGCUAACUAAAAUCCAUCAACAAGCUAGUUAACGUUAGCUGCGAGCGACACGGCGAGCGCCACCAGCGAUGCUCCGGCCUCAGGAAAACAUGGACUAGCCGGCCGAGAGACAUUCCGCCGUAUUGACAGUCAUCAUCCGGGCGAGGAUCCGUCUCGGGUGGUCGCAAUUAGCUGCUCCAUCCAUGCUGUCGCGCAGGAGGGGAGAGUUUGAGCUGUGAGUGGCGGGCAGGCUCGGCCAUCCGGUCGCCCGGACGACUGGAGCAACACGGCUCACUCACCGAGAAGGAGCAUGGUGGUCCCCCAGGCAGACAAUGGCAGUCCAACCUGCCUCAUGGAGGCCUCCGAGCCUGGGUGCGAGAAGGAAGAAGAGGAGGAGGUGGAGGAGGGUCAGGACGUGGCAGGUGGGGAGCUGGAGGAGGUCCGCAAGCUGCAGGAGCUUGUUCACAGGCUCGAGGUCCAGAAUGAGACCCUGCGCAGCAGGGGGAGCAAGGCCAUCAUCCCCAGGGGAGCGGGCGGCAACAGCAACCUCACGGACGCCGAUUACAUCAACGAGGUGACCAACUCCCACCUCAGGUUGGAGCCCGGUGGCGAGCUGGGCACAGCAGGUUUUGAGCUGUUGCCCACUCGGGACAGCAGCAGCAGCAGCAGCGGUGAAGACAUGUCCCCUCUGCCCGUGGCCGACAGGCCGGAGGAAGAGGAGGACCGCCAGGGUCCGCGUGGGCCUUUUCUCACCUUGACCGGCAGCAACGGAGCGGCUCAGACCCCGGAGAGCCCCUCUCAGGAGGGAUACGAGUCAGAGACGCUGGCAGAGAGCCACUCGGGAGUGAACCAAACUGCAAUGGACGAAGUGGACGUCCUAGAUUUGGAGGAUGAGUAUGCAGACGUAGAUGACGAGGACAGUUGGCUGUAUGUGUCUCCAAAAAAGCACGUAGAAGAUCAAGGCCCAGAUUCUCCAAUGAAGUGGUGUCGGCAGGCCUUUGACCAUCGCAGCCCCGAGACAGAAAUAGCUUGUCGGACCUUGAUCAACCGCUUGGACCAGACGUCUCGAUGGAGGAACAUGUACAGUAGCCCAUCAGCAGAGGCAGGCUCGACAGGCUCGGGCCUGAUCUCUCCUGGGUACCACAAAUCAACUAACAAAUCCCUACUAACCUGUGGCAGUGCAGGUGCCCCUACUAUGCACUCCGCCCUAAGCUCGCAGUCCUCCAUAGACAGCGAACUCAGCACGUCCGAUGACUCCAUCUCUAUGGGCUACAAGCUGCAGGAUCUCACUGACGUCCAGAUCAUGGCUCGCCUACAGGAAGAGAGUCUGAGGCAGGAUUUUGCCUCCAGCUCUGCAUCUGCGUCCCGCCGCAGCUCCACGGCCUCGCUACAGUCCCUGCGCCGCGGCGGCACCUACAGCGAUCAGGAAUUUGACAGCUACAGCCUCGAGGACGAAGAGGACGAGUUCUGCUCCGUGCCCCAGCGACGGCAUCGCUACACCCCCUCGCCGCUAGGCUCCCCCCGGUGCUUGUCCCCCUCCACCUCCAAUCACGGCCAGGAAUACGGCAGCCGACUCGGGGCUCCACGCACGAGAGCACCCCGGCGAUCGCUCCAGGGCCCCAGUACCGAGCUCCUUAAGUUCGCCAAGAGUGAAGAAGAGUUAAGGCACAGCAUGCCUAAUCUGGCCCCCCGCACCAGCCUACGCUCCCUGGAGGCAGUCAGAAACAGUCGCAGCAUGGAGGCUAACCUCCAGAGCUCCGGCAACCGCAUGUCCCACCUGACUCACUCCCCCUCCACAGGUAUGCCGUCCAGUCGACUGCGUGGCAGUGGCCAAUCUCCUCUCUCCCUGCGGAUCCCAGUAAAAGCUGUGACUCCAGCGGGCUCCAUGGCAGCUGGUCGUCAGCCUUCUAGAGGUCUGCCCGUUGCCCAAGCAAGAGGGGGCCGCAGUGUCCAGUCUCCAGCCUCGGCCAACGGCGGGGUCUACGUACCCGGGAGAGCCUCCACUGGGGCAGGAAGGGCUGCCGCGGGCCGAGGAUCGACCAGGAGUAAACUGUCACAGCCCAGGUCUUUGGGCUUGACUAAAAUGUCAGAUGAAUCCUGGAGAGAUGGCUGUUACUGAGCCUGGCGGGUAAUGAAGGACGUUUCCUGCUGCAACUCUUCUCUUUACCUCUCGUAGGACACAGUCACUGUGUCCACAAAUGUGUCGUACAACCUUUUUCGGUCCCCAUUUCAUAUAGGAGCGCCUUCGCUGCACUGGGUUCGUAGUCGACUCUUUCCCUCGCAUGAAACAUUGUCAACCCACACAGAGAGGAUGUGUAGGCAGACAUGCACUCUCCACUUGGCAUAGACCAACUCUGAGCUUCCAGAAGAUUUGUUUGUGUCAAUUUGACUUAUUUUUCUAUGGUAAUUGUGAGAAACUGCUGGAAUAUUAAGGGUUGUAUCACUGUUUGCUUGAUGUACUUGACAUGAAGACAAUUUCAAUGAAAAUAUACGUGGUUUGUUAAUUUUCAUUGUGCAUUCCUACUAGAUUUAAGGUGCCGAAUGUUGCAUGCUUGGUUUAGUUUUUUUUAAUCCCUCAUGUAAAUCUAAUACAACUGUGUGAAUUCAUGAAUGUUUGAUUGGUCUAUUGUGUAAUUAUCUUAAAAUUUGUCUUGUAUUUGUGUUAUGCUAUUUGCUUACACAGCAAUGCAAUUCCUGUAAAACCACACUGCCCUUAUAAAUAAGUCUAAAAAAGAAGGAAAAUAGGGUUUGUGCCAAGGCGCAUUUCAGCUGCAAAACUUUCUACUAGAAGAAUCUUGAGUCAUCAAUGGUACUGUUCGGCUACUGCAUUUUGCAGGCAUUUUUCUGCAUAUCAAUAUUUGUUUUGAGUAUGCUUUUGGAUACCAUUGCAAUGAAGAAAAUGUGUAUGAACUACGGCCUUGUUCCUUAAGACAGCUAUGCACCCUCAUGCAGAGCGACUCUGACAAUUAGGAGCUGUAAUGAAAAUGAAGAAUAAAGUUUACCCUAUAAUUAAAAUGGCAGUAUUCAGGUUUUCUUCUUGUACAAAUAAAUGCCUGCCAAGUUGA